AUGGACGUCGCCGUUGCCGACGAGAAGGCCGCUGCUGCAUAUGUUCAACUUUAUUGGCUAGACCUACUGAGUUUCCGAGCGGUGCGUGGUAGCGGCCCCGUCUACCGCGGCCUGGUGUUUCAGGACGCCGACGCGCUCCUGUUGGUCCGCCUCGACGGCUCCCUGGCGAGGGAGUCCGUCGACCUCAAGAUCCUUGACAGGAGCGCUCUCCAUGUCGGCCAGAUCGUCGUGUCCGCGUCCGACGUCGGUGGGCAGAUCGGCGUCGUCACCGGCGUCACCACCGUUCUGGACCUCGCCCACCUAAACGACCGCGGCAAAGCGAAGAAAAUCAUCAGGGGCGUGUCGCCCUCCGGCGUGCGGCGCGUCAGGGCGCUCAGCCUGGGCGACUACGUCGUGUCCGGGGCGUGGCUGGGCCGGGUGGUGGAGGUGUCCCUCGACGCCGAUGUCAUGUUCGACGACGGCGCUGUCUGCAGGGUCAGCGACGUCGAGUCCACGGACCUAAGAUCGGAGAAUCCAGAAGCUUUUUACCGUCCCCAGAUGAACACCAUAUUCUACCCUAGGAGGCGUGUCGUCACCGGCGACUCGGCGGCCAUCUUCGAGGAGGCGCGGUGGCUAAAGGGCCACUGGAAGCCAGACCGCGAAGUAGGCACGGUGGUCAACGUGGAGAUGGCCGGCGUCUAUGUGUACUGGAUCGCGUCCGCGCAACACGGCACCAACGAGCAGCUCGUCCUUGAGCUCGCUCCUCCGGCCUACCAGAGUCCUGACAGCCUAACAUUUUUCUGCUCGGCGCCCGAUUGCAGCUGGGGUUUAGGUGACCGUGUCUUUCUUACCGACGCUUCCGUGUCUCUUCCUGACAAUCACCACCCGGAUGACCAACAACAUCCCACCACCAUGGCUGUCUACAGAACUCGCACCACCAUCGACGUGUUGUGGCAAGACGGCACGCGGCAACAUGGAGCACGAUCGACGUCCCUCGCCCCCUCCAGCUACAUGAACGAGCAUAGGUUUUUCCCAGGGCAGUACGUCGUCGACAAUGCUUGUACCGAUGACAUAAUCGAUAGUGGAUCGACGGCAAGGCGCGUCGGCGUCGUACGGAGUUCAAAUUCCAAAGACCACACGGUAGACGUGUCGUGGCUGCACCCUGACAACUGGGAGGUCCAAUGCGACGACACAGUGAGUGUGUAUGAUCUGGGCACGGACCCUGACCACUCUGUAUUCUACGGAGACGUAGUCGUUCGUCUCUUGUCAGACAUCACCGGAGGUACACCACUGGCACAUGACAAGAGCGCCCCCGACGAUCUUUCAUGGGUUGGACAUGUUGUUGACCUUCAUGACGGCCACGUCCAAGUGAAGUGGGGGGAUUGCAGUACGUCAACGGUAUUGCCCCAUGAGAUCAGUAUCGCCAACAAGGAAGACUACACACAACUGCUGGCUAAAAUGGGCGACUGGGCGGAGGAGGGCGCCGUUGAUGCUACAGAAGAAUUGUGUGCUGCUAAUACGGAAAAUCAACAAGAUAAUCCAGCAGAUGCUAGAACCAUCGAAGGGGGCAUGAUUGAAGAAAAUGUGGAAGUGACCGAGCAUGCUGUAACUAUAGCUAGUCACGAAGAGCCUAACGUUGGUAGCACUCUGACUGAGGGCGGCUUUGCUGUAGUGACAAGAAGCAAUGCAAGUGACGGGGAGGACGACUCUGCAGAAGAUCUGGUGGUGAUUAAGGCCACAUAUGCCACUCGAGAUGAUGAUCCUUCUAAGUUCCCACGUUUUGAUAUAGUGCCGAGCCCACCGGCCGAUCACAUUUACCUUGACACCAAGGAGCAGGGCAGCAAAUACGGAAAGAAGUGGGUCACGAUGUUGCAGAAGGAGUGGAAAAUACUGGAGAACAGCUUACCAGACACCAUCUACGUGCAGGCGUUCGAGGACCGCAUGGACUUACUCCGGACAGUUAUGGUGGGCGCUAGAGGGACACCAUACCACAAUGGGCUUUUCUUCUUCGAUAUGCAGUUACCACCGUCCUACCCAGCCGAGCCUCCGCAGGUGUACUACCACUCCUUUGGCCUACGACUAAAUCCCAACCUUUACGAGUGUGGUAGAGUGUGCCUUAACUUGUUGAAUACCUUCGGUGGCGAGGGCACUGAGGUGUGGUCACCGGGAAUGUCAAGCCUACUCCAGAUCGUUGUCUCCCUACAAGCUCUGGUUCUCAACGACCAGCCCUACUACAACGAAGCUGGCUAUGAGCAGCUGGUUGACACGUCGGAGGGCCACCGCAAUGCGCUGCCCUAUAGCGAGAAGGCCUUCUUGCUCACUCUCCGAACUGCGCUCCACCUGUUGAGCCAGCCGCCAAAAGGUUUUGAGAAGUUUGUCAAGGAUCACUUCUGCCGAUGCGGGAGGUACGUGCUCGAGACAUGCCAAGCGUACUUACAUGGACGUGUGGCUACCGAUCAUGGGAGCAUGGAGUUACUAUGCUCGACCGGGUUUAGGAUCACGCUUGCCAAUUUGGUACCGAGGCUCAUGACCAUGUUCAAAGAGAUUGGUGCCGAAGAUUGCAACCUGAGCUUUCUCACGACUGGCGCCGAAGAUUGCGACCAGAGCUAG